AUGACUGCUCUCGAAAUCACCGGGAAAUUACAGAAGCGAUUCAUGGGCGAUGCCGUACUGCUCCACUUGCUGGAUCCAGUGCGGGGAAGUCCCACUACGUACGGCCUCGACCGUCAUCCCCAUGAUAACGAUGUGUCCCGGGAGAUCUUGCUCAAACGGAAAUUCCUCGACUCUGUGGCCCUCCUAGCCUCAACACAUAAGGAUGGAGAUAGAGUGUCAGCAGCAACUAUUGAGGAAGGAUCUCCUGAAGGAACGAUCGUCCGCAUUGCCAGCAAUGCUGGGGUGUGCGAUUCGACGCUACUACGUCUCCAGGACUUGGUGAGAGAGCUCAACGAUGUAUCUGCUACGGCAACAACAUCAGAACGGAAGCCGGAGAUCCUGAGUAAAAUUAUCAGUCUCGAUAUACAGAAAAUCCGUCACUACUUUGCGAAGCUGCGGAGGGUUCGGUCGGAGACCUCUGACAUCGAGAACAUCGAAAAGAUCUUGCCGCAAUUGGCUUCGACAUUAGAGCCUGUUGAGGUUCAGCCAUUCUCCUUGUGGAUGAGCAAUCUCGCUGUAAUCACGGCAGUCUCAGCAGAUGCGUCACCUUCGCAGCUGAUGCCUCACAUCAUGUGGGCUGAGCAAGCAAAAUGGAAAUACUCGAACUUUCUUGAAACUGUCUUUUCUAUUCAAGGAACUCGAUUGCCGUCCUGGAUAUAUAAUAUCUACAAGCUUGGCAGGUACGCAGUUGCGUCGAGAGCGCUGUGUCAACUCGCGACGGAAUGUCCCGCACUGUUCUGUCCCAUGCGGCUAGACACCGUCCACUCUCCCGCAAAGCUCGCCUUCUCCAUACCGAGUACCGAACGGCCAUUGAGUCAAGUCCUUCGCAGAGUUGUUGGAGAUCGUGAGGAAGAGCUUGCGACUAGACUGGCUGCGGUAUGGAGUGUCUCGAACCCCGAAGUGCACUUCAGUGGGGCAAGUCAUCUCCGCCUGGCUGUGCAUGCUGAGAUGCAGCUUGUCAGCUUCUACGAUCAAAACCCCGAACUGACACCUUCCUUCCGGUUCAUGGGUGUGAGCAAGAAAAGCUGUUACUUGUGUCAAAUAUUCCUCUUGGGCCAUCCCUUAUCCUUCACAGUCUCCUCCUGCCACCAGAAGUUGUAUCUAACGUGGAGACCGCCACCAUCGGCAAAGGCGAAAACAUACAAGGCCUACAAGUCGAUAGUCACCAACCUUUGUAAAUCGAUGGAGUCGACGGCGCGACAGGAGUUGCAGGGGCGAUUGGGUAGUAACCGAUCCAUUCCACUGGAUUCAACGGCUGGGGUGUCUCUGUCGGGCUUGACAGACUACAACCCGAUGAGAUCCGAGGCUGCUCCCAUCAUUUCCUACGACACCCGCUCAACCGAUGUAUCUGGUUCUGAAGAUCAUGAAACAGCAGGCGCGCCUCUCAUGCUGGACGGUGUUACGUCUCCUAACAGCGACGUUGCUUUCGUGCCAACUCGAACAUCAGGUGGCCACAAACUUUGCUCGCCCUCACUUGUCUUUAACGUUGUGCGAGCUGAUAGCGUCAGCCGGCGGGACCUCAUUUCCCUCGAAGACAUAACAGAUUCCACUCGGAGGCCUUCGUGGCGGGUCUUUGUUGAGAUAUUAAGUGGUAGUGAUCAAUUUGGUGUUUGCUACGACGUGGAAAAGGAGUUUUUGACUGUCAAUGACUCCCUGCGGGUUGGAAACGAGCGUCAAUUCCACGCUUGCUUGCAAUUCUUGCGGAACUUGGACUGCCACAACGUUAGUGUUACAGUACAAACCUAUGCAUCGCUUGAUCAAUGA